CAACAUAUUGUAGUAAACGACAGUAAAUGCCUCCACCUUCUUCAUCUUUAAUUCUAUUGAACAGUGACCCAGUCGUGGGUUCAUUCCCAAGAUACGAAUCCUGGUUAUCCGGUUAUUAUUUUUAAUUUCUUAGGAUCAAGCAGCGAAACAGUCUGCGAACGAAAAUGGCGACGCCACCAGUGGGAGCACCGGGCAUUGACGGUGGCCCUCCGCCACCGCCACCUCCCCCGGGAACAGACAUGACCGGAAUAUGCUUCAGGGACCAACUAUGGCUGAACUCAUAUCCGCUGGAUCGCAAUCUCGUCUUCGAUUACUUCGCUUUAUCCCCCUUCUACGACUAUACCUGCAACAAUGAACAGCUUCGCAUGCGCUCCAUUCAUCCUCUCGACCUCUCUCAACUCUCGAAAAUUACUGGCAUAGAAUUCAUGUUGAGUGAAGUUAUGGAGCCCCAUCUUUUUGUUUUCCGUAAGCAGAAGAGGGAUGGACCUGAGAAAAUUACACCGAUGCUGACUUAUUAUGUUUUGGAUGGGUCGAUUUACCAAGCACCACAGCUUUGCAAUGUUUUUGCUGCUCGAGUUAGGCGUGCUCUCUACUACAUAUCAAAGGCCUUUACAACUGCUGCCUCAAAGUCAGAGAAGAUAGGAUAUGUUGAUUCCGAAAAUGACAAUGCAGCUUUGGAACCAAAGGUUGCCAAAGAGACAAUCGAAUUUAAGGACAUAAAGCGAAUUGAUCAUAUUAUUGCGUCCCUACAACGCAAGCUAGCGCCAGCCCCACCACCACCACCAUUUCCAGAAGGCUACAUCCCCCUCACAAACACAGAAUCGGAAAAUGGCCCUGAAACCCAGCAAACGGGGGAGGCACAACCACCUCUCCUUGACCCCAUCAUUGAUCAAGGCCCAGCUAAAAGAAUGAAAUUCUGAAUAAGAGGUGCCGCAUCAUACCAGAAGUAUAUAUGUAAAGAUCUGAAGCUAAAUUAAUCACUACAACUUUAAAUAUCAGUUAACCCCUAGGCCUUUUUCUUUUGGACUCUGUUAGAGUUUUGUUUCUGCUCCUCAUUCUUAUCUUAGUAAAAAAAAAAAGUUGGGGUCUGUAAGAUUAGAAUGCUAUUAAAAUUGUAUGCUUUAAUCGCUUCCAUUACGUAUGGGUUUGCUAGUAUUUACGUUUACAUAGCAUGUUAAUAUUCCACAUCAAUAUCACCAGUCCACAUACUGUAAUUGCGUGACUAUUAAUUGGGCUAAAUGAAAGUCGAUUGCGCGAUAAAUUUGCUGGUUGUA